CCCACCUUUUUCUUUGAUUUAUUUAAUCCAAUAUGUACAGCCAUGUUCCGCCAAUCAACAAAUGGGUUGAGAGGAAAGCUUGGAAAGCCUGCAUAUUUGGAAGACUGGAUCACUACAAUCACUCCAUUAUUAGCAGGGGAGUCUGCUUUCAAGGUUCCUUUUGAUUGGGAUGAGGAGAUUGGGGAACCUGGAGCAUUCUUGAUAGUAAAUAAUCAUCACAGUGAGUUCUACCUUAGAACUGUCACGCUAGAAGAUGUUCCUGGCUAUGGCAGGUUCCAUUUUCUAUGCAACUCUUGGGUUUAUCCUGCUAAACAUUACAAAAAGGAUCGUGUUUUCUUCGCAAACAAGACUUACCUUCCACAUGAGAUGCCAAUACCCUUACGGAAGUAUAGAGAUGAAGAGUUCUUGGUCUUGAGAGGAGAUGGGAAAGGAGAACUCCAAGAAUGGGACCGUGUAUAUGACUAUGCUUACUACAAUGAUCUGGGGGAUCCGGAUAAGGGUCCGGAUUAUGCCCGUCCUGUUCUUGGAGGGUCUGCUGAGUAUCCUUAUCCGCGGAGGGGAAGAACAAGCCGUCCUCCAACAAAAUCAGAUCCUAACAGUGAGUCUAGGUUGCCACUUUUAACGCGCUUAAACGUUUAUGUUCCAAGAGAUGAGCGGUUUGGCCACUUGAAGAUGUCAGAUUUUCUUGCAUAUGGAUUGAAAUCAAUUGCUCAGUUCAUCAGACCUGAGCUAGAAGCUCUGUGUGACAGCACUCCUAAUGAGUUUGAUUCGUUUGAAGAUGUAAUGAAAAUCUAUGAGGGAGGAAUCAAGCUUCCUAAGGGCCCUCAAUUUGAUGACAUUAUGAAGAAUAUCCCCUUGGAGUUGCUGAAGGAAGCAUUACCUGUUGACGGUGAAGGACUAUUCAGAUAUCCACUGCCCCAAGUGAUUAAAGAAGAUAUGUCCGCAUGGAGAACCGAUGAUGAAUUUGCUAGAGAAAUGCUUGCUGGAGUUAACCCUCUUGUCGUUCGUCUUCUAGAAAAGCUCCAAUGAUCACAUUCAAAAGUGGUGGGGAUGCCAAGUCACUAAUGGAAAGGUAAUUUAUUGGUGGUGAUAUCGAGAUCUCCAUAAACUUGGAUUUUUUGAGUUGAUGACUUGAGAGUAACCAAAGUAGACAGCGGCCAAGCCAAGGGAAAGGUAGGACUUCUUGCAGCUUGUAGCACCCACGAUGACAACAAGCUUGUAUCUUUUAUUUUCUGGUAGUGGGCGACGGUGAUGAGGGUAGCACAGUUCAUAUCAAGCCGUCGUGAGCAGUGGUAAAAAUGCCUAUUAAUAUUGUCUAUCAAGUGUUUGUAAAAAUGCCUCAAUGAGAGGGAUUAACAUCAAAUCAAUUUCAAUUUCAUGG